AUGGCUACUUUAGAUCUAUUACCUGCGAUUACAUAUUCGCCUCCGUCCUCUGCGCAGGCUCGCAAAACAAACAAAACACUUAAUACAAUAAUGGAAGACGAUGAAGAGUCACGAAAGUCAAUGUUGAUGGAGAGCCGAAGGAGUCAAGGAUACAAGGCGUCGCAGACAGCACAAUGGCUCUCCCCUCUAAGCGACUUCCCUACACCCCGCGGCAACCACUUUAUGUCGGCACAUAUCCCAGAAUCCACAGACGCAUCCGAUAGUGAGAGCAGUAUCUCACCCACACCCUCCUCAGCACCAUGGACCCGGACAAGUUUUACCACUGAUGCCACUGACUUUGAUGACCUCUACGAUGUCUCGUCCGAUGAGGACUCCAGGAGGAAGUCGUCGGUACGGAGGAGAAGUGCGAUUCGCCAAAACACCAGAGCAAACCGCUCCUCGGUUGAUUCCAUCACAAGCAAAACAUCCCGUAACUCCCUUCCACUCCUCGCCAUUCCCUCACAAGGUGACCCAUGGCCAGGUGUCGAGGCUUUCAAAAAGCUGACAUCUCCCAUUCCUCCAACCCCGCCACCUAAAGUGCCCAUGUCCCCGGCACUAUUUUCAUACUUGCAAUCACAGGAAGUUCCUUCUUCAUCUGCACCACCAUCUUUGGAUGGCAGUCUUAGCUCCGAUCAGCUGGCGGCAAUGUCUGUCCCGCCAACGCCGGAACUUGGAAGUGUCAAUGGAGACGAUGAGGAUCAAUGGGGCAAUGGUGUCCAACUUCAGCCCGAAGCCAUGGCAACUUUGCAAGCCCUUUCUGGUGAUCAGUAUGAACAGCAUCAACCUGAGCAGGUUAUUGAAUUGGCCCGAUCUGCAACUGCACCUAUUCGAGAGAUGCAACAAACGCUCCCACCACUUACUACCAAUAUCCACCGAAACAACUCUGUCGUUCUCUCUCCAGAGGGGCAGCGAUCUCUUGCUAGUCUUACUAAGCUCGAGAUUCCAUCCCCUGGUGGGUUUUUCUCUACUCUCUCCCACAGCGCCAGACACACAUGGCACCUCGUUCCUUGCACACCCGAGUCGGCUGCACCCCCAUCCUCUACCACCGCCGAGCACUUUUACAAGACGCCAUGGUCGUCUUCUGCUCCAGUCGAGCAAAUCUUGGAGGUUUCCGAGACGUCGGAUUGUAUGUCGGAGGGUCUCUCAACAGCACGACCAAUCCUGCCUCAACAAAGGUCUGAUGAGACCGUUAAGACCGCCGUGCCAAUUAUCGAGGAAGAAAUUGUCGCCGACGAGAUGAUCAGCAAGCCUUUGAAGCUCGAGGAGAUUCCUGUUGAAAACAUCGACCGCACUGGAAUGUGGUUGGCCGCUCAAAGCUCGUAUCUUGCGGAAUUAAUCAAUCCCACUGAGAAGCGUGAUGAUGAAGCUGCACUGCUCCAACGUAAUGUCAGUAUUAAGAGCCAGAGAGAGGCGGCUGUCGAAGUCCUUGACGAAGCUCCAUCUCCACCCCGCAAAACGGUCCGUUUUUCCGAGAUCCCAAUAUCGACCGUAAUCGCGUGCCCUUUGCCAAAAGCUGACCAGCAAGAAUCAGCGUACUAUCGUGCGUUCCAAGGCUUUGUCACUCGCUCCCGUUACGGUGACACGUUCACGCACCGCAUCCCGCGAUUCGAGGCUAUGCAGGCUCAGCGUGUCGUUUUUCCAGCUUCCCACCGAGCUCAACUCCUCGGAAAGUACCAAUUGAGUGUGGUACCCUCGAGCCCAAAGCGCCGCAUGUCCGCCAACGUUGCCCGUGGAGACGAAAUUGCCCCUGAGGACCCAGAGAAGCUCAAGCGAGACAGAGAAGCAGAGGCUUUUGUCCAAAUGGCACCUGCCACUUGGAACGUUAUGGCAAUGAAGCUUCUUAAUGGAGGUCGCUUAAUCGCUGCACCCGUCGCUAAGCGUCUCGCUAGACUUUCUUCAAUGGGACCAAAGCUGGAUGGCACCCCAAGAGACCGUGCCAGAAUUUUGGAUCUUGGUGGACAAGCUACUUGCGACUGGGCAUGGCAUUGCGCUUCCGAAUACACAAAAACCAAGGUGUAUACCGUCACUACCAAGGCUCUUCGACAACUUUCCAACUCCAACAUUCGUGGUCCAAAGAACCAUCGCCAGAUUGCCAUCGACCGCCUGGUCAAGCUACCAUUCAAUGACAACCAAUUUGAUCUCAUCUCUGCUCGCGAGAUUUACAGUAUCUUGAAGCAGAACGGUGAGAACGGGCAAGAUGAGUGGGAUGCGUGUCUCAAGGAGUGCAUGCGUGUUCUCAAACCAGGUGGAUAUCUCGAGUUCUCCAUCAUGGAUUCCGACAUCGUCAAUGCUGGCCCACUGGGUCUCGCAAAGAGCGUCGAGUUUGGAUUUAACCUCAACACCCUGGGUUAUGAUCCUCAACCCACCAAACUCUUCCUCAACCGACUCAAUAAGGCUGGUUUCGUUGGCGUCAAGCGUGCCUGGUCUUUCCUUCCAAUAGGUGCCAAGCUCGAGGAAAUCCAGAAUCGCGAUAGCAUGGGAGUCGAGGUCAAACUUGAAUUGGAGGCAAUGAUUUCAGGCAACACUGAGAGCGCGGCAAGUAUGUGCGGUAUUGUUGGUGCAUGGGCUUGGGAGAAGUGGCUCUUGAGAUGCAAGUUACAGACUUUGGGAAGUGAGGCAAAGAUCGAUGGUGUGCAAGAUAUCAUUGAGGAGGGACGUGCCUGUGGUGCUGGGUGGAGAACUGUUAGUGGGUGGGCAAGAAAGCCUCUGAACUAA